AUGUAUCGAGUUCUCCUGCUGGUCACGGCUCUGUUGAGCGUCUGCCGCGUGCAGGCCAAAGGAGUAUUCGCUCAUUUCAUGCUCCAAAACGCAGUCAACUACACAAAGAACGAAUGGAAGCUAGACGUAGCAGCCGCCAAAGCAGCCAAGAUCGACGCCUUCGCGCUCAACACAGGCUUCCACGAGACAGACAACACACGGCUAUUCAACGACGCCUUCGCCGCAGCCCAAGAGCACGACUUCAAGAUGUUCCUGUCGCUCGACUACUCAGGCGACGGACACUGGCCCCCAGACCAGGUAGUCAAGGUGCUGAAGAAGUACACAAAGCACAAAGCAUACUACAAGCACGCAGGCGAUGACAAGCCGCUGGUAUCGACAUUCGAAGGCGCACAGGCAUCAGGCGACUGGGCGCAGAUCAAGUCCAAAGUCGACUGCUUCUUCAUGCCGGACUGGUCGAGCGUGGAUCCGAAGAAGACGGCGCCGAAGAAGCACGUCGACGGGCUGAUGAACUGGAGUUCGUGGCCGAAUGGCACGGACUCGAUGAGCACCGCGCUCGACAAGGAGUACAUGGAGGCCCUAGGCGAUAAGCCCUUCAUCAUGGGCGUGUCGCCCUGGUUCUACACGAAUAUGAUACGGUGGCACAAGAACUGGGUGUGGCAGGGUGACGACCUGUGGUAUACGCGGUGGCAGCAGGUGCUAGAUCUGAAGCCGGAGUAUGUGGAGCUGAUUAGUUGGAAUGAUUACGGGGAGAGUCACUACAUUGGGCCGAUCCAUCCCGGCAGCCUGGAUGUGUUUCAAUAUGCGCAGGCGCCGUUCAACUACGCUGAGGGGAUGCCGCAUGAUGGGUGGCGCGCUUUCCUACCGUACUUGAUCGAUCAGUUCAAGAGGGGGAAGCGCAAUGAUGAUGAGGAGGCUGAUAUCGACGCGGGCUUGGUGGCUUGGUAUCGCGUGAACCCGUCGUCGCGGUGUGAGGAUGGGCGGACGACGGGGAAUACGCGGCAGCAGGACCAGCCGACGAUGGCGCCGGAGAAGGUGCUGAAGGACCGGGUGUUCUUCUCUGCGCUGCUGGAUGCCCCCGCAGAGGUGACCGUUAGCAUUGGCGGCGACGACACGUUGCUGUCACAGUGGCAGUAUAAACCUAAAAAGGGCGCCCGGCAGGGCCUCUAUCACGGCAGUGUGCCGAUGAAUGACCGCAUGGGGGAUGUCGUGAUCACGAUGUCACGGGAUGGGGAGGAAUUGGCGCAACUAAAGGGGCACGCGAUUAGUGACGACUGCACAAAAAACCUGACCAACUGGAAUCCGUGGGUAGGCCAUGCAUCGGCCAAGGGCAGCAAAAAUUCGUCCGAGAAAUCCUCGUCGAACGGGGAGUCGGCAGCUGGCCGUGAAUCAAUGACGUUGACGUUAGCUGGGGCUGCGCUGGCUUGGACGGCGUACCUGAUGUUGGCAUGA